GUAUUAUUUCCUUCCACUCACGAUCUUCAGAGUUGUCUCUCACAACUCUAACAGACAUGGUUACGAUCUUUGGACGCAAGGAUCAAAGACAUCUCUCCAACCUGGAGCUCUUGGAGCAGAAGGUUGACUACCUUCUGCCACAAGCAGACCUGUGGCCCAACUUUGCUCUGGAGUCUCAAGGAGCAAAUAUUUUACACAAGAUGACCUCAGAGGCUUAUGACAUCAAUAAAGAAGUUGGAAGGUUUGGGAAAUUGUUCAAGAGACCUCCUAUUGGCCCAGGCAUUGUUAUUAAGGGAAAAAAUCGUCUGCAACCUGGAAAAUGCUGGGCCUUUCCAGGUUUCCAGGGACGUUUGGGCGUCUCACUUUCACACCCAGCCACCAUCAGACAUGUGUCCCUGGGUCACAUUGCUAAGACUGUGUCCCCAACGUCCUCUGUCUCUAGUGCUCCCAAAGAAUUUUCUGUAUAUGGAAAGAAGAAUUUAGAAGAUGAGGAAACUCAUUUGGGAACUUUCCAAUACGAUGAAGAUGGAGACCAAAUACAGACCUUCAAACUUCCUGUAAAUAUGUCAAAUUAAUGUUUUAUUAACCAAAUACAGUUCUCUCAGAAGCCCAGACUGACCUACCCUGUUAUAAAUAUUGAUAUAUUGAAAUGAUGAUCAUAUAUUCUAACAUACAAUCAUAAGGUUCUUCACUGGGUAUUACUAGCAUUCAAUUUAAAAACAUACUUUGAAUAAAGUACCGUAUUAUUGUUUCAUUCAAAAGGCUUCAAUGAAAAACUCUAC